CUCUCAGUCAGAAGCACCGAUACGUAAAAUGGCGGAAAUAUGUGUACCGAAAGAAGUUCUGGCAGAAUCAGUUGUGAAAAAGUGAUUUAAAUAAAAAAUAUUUCUAUAAAAAUACAGUGUCGAAUGAUAAGUAAUUGAUGAUUAAAAAAGAAGUGAAUAAAUCUAUAAAAACACAAAACAGUCAGAUUUAUACAUGUGAUUAAACAGUGUUGCGUCUAGCCGGCGUGAAUGAGUGAAAGGCGACGAUGGCACCACAGCAGCGAGCUGAGGAAAUACCUGUUAAGAGAGUGGCAGCUCCCGGAUGCCGAUUACCGGCGCGUUUUCCAGCCGGUGAAAUAUUGACCGACGUUACUCAGCGCCAAUGGAGAUUAGGCCAACCGAUAGGAUACGGAGGAUUCGGAGAUAUUUAUCUUGCCUCAAAUGUUGUCAAUCGAACUGCCGGUCACGAUGCGAGAUACGUGAUAAAGAUCGAACCGCACAACAAUGGACCGCUCUUUGUUGAAAUGAAUUUCUACAUAAGAGCUGCUCAAUGGCACAUGAUCGAGAGCUGGUGCAAGCAGCAGAGAAUAAGGAGAGUCGGAGUUCCGACCUACGAAGGGUCGGGAUCGCACAUGUUCAGAGGACAACGAUACAGGUUUCUGGUAUUACCUCGGUACGGGAUGGACGUCAAUAAGUUGUUCCUAGCCCGAGGGCGAAAGCUUCACGCAAGAACGGUUUACGCCCUUGCCGUUCAGAUGCUUAACGCGCUGGAAUAUAUUCACAGUCGAGGAUACGCUCAUGCGGACGUUAAAGGCUCAAAUAUUUUAUUAAACAUCGAGGCUAAAGAUUUGGUUGAACAAGAGCCAGAAGCAUACCUGGUCGAUUACGGCCUGGCAUUUCGUUUCCGAACAAGAUCCGGCACUCACAAGCCUUUUGCACACGACGAAAGAAGAGCGCAUGAAGGAACUUUAGAAUUUACAUCGCGCGACGCGCACCACGGAACACAUUCCAGGAGAGGUGAUCUAGAAACACUGGGCUAUAAUUUAAUACAAUGGUUAUGUGGUCGUCUUCCAUGGGAAAAAGAAAGCGGAGGCAUGUCCAUCGCUACCAGCCCCGAGUCUGUUCAGGAGCAGAAAGAAUUCGCACUUUCUGACGUGCCCCGUUUUAUGCGCGAAUGUUUUCCGUCCGAACAAUAUCCACCUGCAACGCUGACAAAGUAUAUGCAGUACGUGGCAAAUCUGGGAUUUGAGACGAGACCUGAUUACAAUUUUCUAAGAUCAUUAUUCUCGAGAAGCGCGUGGAAAAAUGACACAACAGUUGCCUCGCCCAACUCGCUAGUAUCCUCGAAAAAAGCUCACAAACGUACACCAAAUGAAAAUAUUUCCUAUUCAAGACCCAUAAAACGGUUGUGCAUCAGAAAUGCAGCCCGAAAACCGUGCGUACCUGUAAACUGCGAAAUGCGGAUGACAAGAAAAAACCACCCGACGAAUUCCAAAUCACAAUUUAGUUGGGAGGAAGUAUUAGCCAGACAUCCCGAUAAGGUGGCAAAGUUACACCCUUUAGGACCUCCGUUGUCUCCACCACUUACACCGCCACCUUCGCCACCCCCACCCGCACUCCCUACCUACGCAAUGCUGCAAGUACUUCAAAGGAUUAAGGAAAAACAAUCAGGCUCAAUAAAGUCGAGAAAUUCAUCGAAAACCUUGGAUCAAGAGCUAAAGGCGAAAUGGAUGACGCCAGCUAUGGAGGCGGUUGCGAUGCAGCUCCAAAACAGACUGGCAAGAUUGGUAAUCAGUACGUCGAAGAAAAAAUCAGCGACGUGUUGCUCACCGAGGCUGACAAGAUCGCGAGCUGCUUUAUUGAACCGACAACCCGGCUUUGGGGAAAAGAUACUUCAAAGAAUGUUGGAUUCUUCCGGUCCCAUCACUGAAACUGGAAAUCGUGAAAUCGAGAAAAGGCGGACGCGUUAGGACGGCGUAAAUUUUUCUUCAACUAAAAAUUGACAUCACACGUUUCGCGCUUCGUCGUUACCUAGAGGACGAAGAAAAAAGUCCUUUAACGGAAGAAAUAUUGACAAAUGGAAUAACGAGUGUCGAGUCGUGGACGCUUGAAUGAGUAUUGUUUCAUAGAUUCUCAUUAGUUAAUUAGCUUAUAUUAAGUUCGACGAUCACCCGUGAUGGACAAAUUUUUUCUUAUCGUUUAUAUAAUUUAUAUGCUCUAUAUACAAUAUACGAUCGUUACGUGUCUCAAAAAUUGAAUAAGACUGUUCCUUCCCGUAUGAGUUAGAUUUAUUUGACAAAAGAUGGAAAAAUUCAGUGGA